GAUUGAAAGGACUACGCUACUGCCAAGAGAGAGGGAAAUCGACCACACACAUAGGCUGCGUUCAAAGGAGGGCGAGCCACGCAAACUCGUUCCGGCGCGUACGGAGCGGAGCUCCAUCACCAAUCGCGCGCCAUGGCUGCCGCUGGUGACGCCGGCCGACGACAAGGGAGGACGACCACGGCCAUCGUGGUGCCAGCGGUGCCGCUGAGUUCCGGCAAGCCGAUGCCGCGGGUGGGCUUCGGCACGGCGACGCCAACGUUGGGCCAGACCGAGGGCGACGCCGCCGCCGUGACGGAUGCCGUCGUCCGCGCCAUCGGCGCCGGGUUCCGCCACUUCGACACCGCCGCGGUGUACAACGCCGAGGCCGCGGUCGGCGACGCGGUGGCCCAGGCCGUGCGCGCGGGCACGAUCGCCUCCCGGGACGAGGUCUACGUCACCUCCAAGCUCUGGAUCGCCGACGCGCACCCCGGCCGCAUCUUGCCGGCGCUCGAGAAGACACUACAGAAUCUGCGGAUGGAGUACGUGGACCUGUACCUGGUUCACCACCCGGUGAGCCUGCGGCCGUCGGAGGUUGAAGGAGGCCCGGUGCUGGUGAAGAAGGACCUGGUGGCGAUGGACAUGAAGGGGGUGUGGGAGGAGAUGGAGGAGUGUCACCGGCGAGGGCUGGCCAGGGCCAUCGGCGUCAGCAACUUCGCCUGCAAGAAGCUCGAGCACCUGCUCUCCUUCGCGAAGAUCCCGCCGGCUGCUAACCAGGUGGAGGUGAACCCGUGCUGCCGGCAGAACAAGCUGAGGGAGUUCUGCAGGGCCAGAGGCAUCCAGCUAUGCGGCUACGCUGCAUUGGGCGCGAACGGCACGCCAUGGGCCAACAAUUCUGUCAUGAAGUCCCCUGUUCUGAAGCAGAUCGCCCAGGACAGGGGCAAAACCGUCGCCCAGGUGUGCAUUAGGUGGGUUUACGAGCAGGGCGACUGCGUGAUCACCAAGAGCUUCAAGGAGAGUAGGAUGCGAGAGAACCUCGACAUCUUCGACUGGGAGCUCACAGAGGACGACCACCGGAAGAUUAGUGAGCUCCCAGAGUCUAGGGGCAACUACAAUUUCUUGGUCCAUGAAUCCGGGCCAUUCAAAACAGUGGAGGACUUGUGGGACGGUGAGAUCACUGCCGGCCAAUGUAACCAAACGGCGCUUGUUUCGUCUGACUGAUGAAUAUGAUGUUCUAAUGGAUUCUGUCCGUACAUAUAUGCAACCAAUAUAUUAUAUGUUGUGGUAGUGUUUUGUGUGUCUCUCGGUUAUGGAGGCACGAAAUCUUUUUAUAUUUUAUA